AUGUGGAGGGUCACCGUCAGUGAGAGAGACCUCCAGGGGGUCACCGUCAGUGAGCGAGACCUCCAGGGGGUCACCGUCAGUGAGAGAGACCUCCAGAGGGUCACCGUCAGUGAGAGAGACCUCCAGAGGGUCACCGUCAACGCUGAGGUCCCAGACACUGAGGUCCCAAACGCUGAUGUCCCAGACGCUGAGGUCCCAGACACUGAGGUCCCAGACACUGAGGUCCCAAACCCUGAGGUCCCAAACCCUGAGGUCCCAGGCCAUGAGGUCCCAAACCCUGAGGUCCCAGACACUGAGGUCCCAAACCCUGAGGUCCCAGACACUGAGGUCCCAAACGCUGAGGUCUCAGACACUGAGGUUCCAAACGCUGAGGUCCCAAUCCCUGAGGUCCCAAACCCUGAGGUCCCAGACACUGAGGUCCCAAACACUGAGGUCCCAAACGCUGAUGUCCCAGACGCUGAGGUCCCAGACACUGAGGUCCCAGACACUGAGGUCCCAAACCCUGAGGUCCCAGACACUGAGGUCCCAGACACUGAGGUCCCAAACCCUGAGGUCCCAAACCCUGAGGUCCCAAACACUGAGGUCCCAAACGCUGAUGUCCCAGACGCUGAGGUCCCAGACACUGAGGUCCCAGACACUGAGGUCCCAAACCCUGAGGUCCCAGACACUGAGGUCCCAGACACUGAGGUCCCAAACCCUGAGGUCUCAGACACUGAGGUUCCAAACGCUGAGGUCCCAAUCCCUGAGGUCCCAAACCCUGAGGUCCCAGACACUGAGGUCCCAAACACUGAGGUCCCAAACGCUGAUGUCCCAGACGCUGAGGUCCCAGACACUGAGGUCCCAGACACUGAGGUCCCAAACCCUGAGGUCCCAGACACUGAGGUCCCAGACCCUGAGGUCCCAGACGCUGAUGUCCCAGACACUGAGGUCCCAGACACUGAGGUCCCAAACCCUGAGGUCCCAGACACUGAGGUCCCAGACACUGAGGUCCCAAACCCUGAGGUCUCAGACACUGAGGUCCCAAACCCUGAGGUCCCAAUCCCUGAGGUCCCAAACCCUGAGGUCCCAGACACUGAGGUCCCAAACCCUGAGGUCCCAGACACUGAGGUCCCAAACGCUGAGGUCCCAAACCCUGAGGUCCCAGACACUGAGGUCCCAGACACUGAGGUCCCAAACCCUGAGGUCCCAGACACUGAGGUCCCAAACCCUGAGGUCCCAGACACUGAGGUCCCAAACCCUGAGGUCCCAGACACUGAGGUCCCAAACCCUGAGGUCCCAGACACUGAGGUCCCAAACCCUGAGGUCCCAGACGCUGAGGUCCCAGACUUAGUUUGUGGUGUAGUUCUGUGUCUAGCUCUGGUCUCAGGUCUAGUCUUGGUCUAG